UUUUGUUGUUUUAUGAAGCGAUAUUUGAUUAGUAUCGGGAAUAUGUCGCGCUUGACGUUGAGUCAUGUGUUGUAUUUGAACGUACACAAUUCUUUUGUGUUUUCGUAGAGCAAUCAUGUUUUAUGUUACACUGUGUAAGCCUCCUGCAACCGGAAAGCCCUCUGCUGGAGACGAUUAAACAAAUGUUUUUACUUCCGGGAGUUCGUGAGUUACAGUUGCGUUUAACUUUAUUAGUGAACGAAAGCCAGGUAUACCGAAGUAAAGGGGCAGUGUUAAGUGAUUACAUUUUCAUUCUUCAACAAAUAUCCGGGCAGAAAAGGCGGGAGAAGGCAAGAAAGCGAAGUGGCUCCAACACAAGCAGAGACGAGAGAUUCAGUCGACUGCAGAUCUGCAGAAGUUGUGUCCGAGAUGUUGGAGUAGACGUGUAUGAGAAGUCCGGGCGAAGAAAAACACUGGGCAACCCGGAAAAGGUUCAACUUCCGCAAUCAACGAUGGAUGUCAUCACCGCUCACUUACGCGGAAGCGAAGCGAGACCACUGCAACAAGACGGUCGACAUCUACGAAGAUGUCUCCAGCCCGGAAGUGACGCCAGAGAACAUAGGAAAGCCGAUGACGUGUUGGUAUCGCUUCAGGUCCUUCCGUGGUACCCCACGCGAUUGGAUUCUUCGCAUCAGAUUCAAAAAGUUCAAAGUUGGGACCCUCGUUAACGCCACUCACUGCCAUAUGGGAUACAUGCAGAUCGUGGAUGGCAACGCCAAGACGGAUGUGAGCAACCGGAAAGACCCGGGUUUUUUCUGCGGCGAGACCGAGCAGCCGCAGACAUUCAUCUCGGAGACGAGCUUCGUCAAGGUGUUGUUUCACACUGACAACUUUACGGACCAGACAUAUUUCAGUUUCGACUCUCGUGCAGAGCAGCAGUUCGAGGUUUAUCUGAGGUACGGUCAGCACCCAGAAUUGUACCCCAACCGCCGAGGAGAAGUGGUCUCAGGGUCGUACUGUGAGCGCGUGUUCCGGGACUGUCGCCUUCAAACAUGUUACGUGCAGUCGCCAGCGUAUCCCGGUGUCUACCCCAGAGGUCUCCACUGUCGCUAUCAUCUGAACACCAGGUUACCCUUCAUCAAACUUUACAUAGAGAAUGAGGAGUUCAAUAUAGACGGCCAGAGAUGCGAGAACAUCAUGACGUGCCCCAUGCGGCCCAUCUCAUCUGGAGAGAAACACUGUCCAUAUGAUUACAUAAAGAUAUAUGACGGCAUCAACGAGGGGAGUCCAGUCAUAGGUACCUUUUGCGGCAUGGGGAAAUUCCCGUACUCUAUCAUCGGGACGAGUGAAGAUCUGUUCGUGGAGUUCUUGAGUUCUCUGGCGGGGCCACUGCUCAACACUGGCUUCCACUUUAACGUGGGGAACUGGCCGGGACACGUGGAGACCGCAGGAAGUAGAAACGGCACGUGUGACUGGGUGCUUACCAGCGAGGACCUGGCGGCCUCUGGCGACUCGGAGGGCAUCUUCCUGUCGGUGGCCCACUGGUACCCCCCUCACACGUCCUGCACAUACCUGAUGCAGGGCCAGAAAGACGAGAUCGUCAGACUGUACUUCCCCAGUUUCCGUAUCAACAGGAUAGAAUCCCCCAUCCAGAUUUUUGAUGGGGACUGCGGUGAGUCUCUGACUUUGUAUGACGCGUCGUGGCCUGAUGAUUCCCGCAUCAUCAAAACGUUCUGCGACACGUUCUCACGCGCCAUGGAGAAGCACGAUUUUGUGUCGACGGGAAACGCCCUCUUUGUCAGAUUCGAGAGCAAGACAGGAAGCUACUCGGGAUCGUCGCUGUACUACUGGGCACAUUACGAUUUCUUUAACAACUCGAGGUACGGAGAGAAAAUCCCGGACAGCGCGUGCGACGAGGUGUUCUCCAGCUGGCAUUCUCCCAGUGGUUGGUUUCGUUCCCCACUGAACACCCUGGUGUAUAAGCGCAGCGACCCCACCGAAGACGUCCGUUGCCUCUACCGCUUUGUUACGGACAAGAGGCUGUUUGCCCGUGUCAUCCUCACUGUCGAGGCCAUCAGUUUCAAGGACUAUCCCUACAAUGCAGUCCCUUGUGAUGACUGCUGGGAGGAUCGUGUGGACAAGCUUCUCAUCUGGGAAUCUCCCCAGACUGGCAGUAAUAACACCUCAACAUCCAGCACUAGGGUUUGUCUUUGCAAACGUGCCUCAGGAGCCCAGUCGUUCCCCACUCUGCCAGUGACCGUCGUCUCUAAGGGAGAGUCGCUGAACCUGCAGCUUCAUGUGGACGCAGCCCACGCUGCUUCAAGCUAUUUCAAACACCCAACACCACUCUUUGAAGCUAGAUAUGAAUUUGUGCACGGUCCGCUGUGUGGACCGCCUCUUAUACCUCCGACAGCCGAGGGCGAGUUACAUUUUCCCUUCUUUGAGGCGCUAGGCUACGUCGAACCUCCCAAAACCAUCCGAUGCAUCUGGGAACUUAGGGUUACCCGCCAGCUUGACCUCUGGCUUCACAUUGACAAGAUAAAAUUUGCUUCCAGAACGUGUGAAGAUGGCCGACUUGAGUUUUUCCUGCCUUCCAAACCAAAUGAGCCUUUUCUUUCUGUUUGUGGUGAGAAUGUGAGCUCUCUUAAGCAGUUGCCGAUUCUGUCAGCAACGGAACUGUCUAUGUUACCACCGCCACAGACAGGCGCGACACCGACCAUUUUACCCGCCGCGGCAGACGCAGAAGCCCCGUCAGUCAAGAUUCAGUUCACGAGCUCGGUCUCACCCACUCGAACAGCGUUUAAAAUCGCGUGGACUGAAAUGUACCACUUACCGAGAAAUCCAGAUGGCACCAUGAUGACUUCGAGACUGACGGAGAGCAGCAGUUCUUCGGGCUCGUCUGAUUCUGCAGGCAGGUGUGAGUUUGAGUGUCCUGGCGACUCUGGUCUGUGUAUACCAACGAGGUUGGUCUGUAAUGGAGUCGUGAAUUGUCCAAAUGUCACAUUGGACACAGUUGAAGAAAGUGGAGUGACGGGUAGUGAUGAGUCACCAGAAUUAUGUGAGAGAGCUGAGGCAGACGCCGUCAACUGGUUGGCAAUAGGACUGGGAGCUGCGGCUGGCGCAGUCCUGGCAAUCACGUGUCUAGUAGUCCUGUGUCGUGCUUGUUUGUGUCACAAGCGGGCGGGGGACCACGACGACGAUAUCGACAUACCGUACUGAUGUCACGCCGACGAUCGGCUGACUCUGCAGCAACGACUACGCCGCGAUAAAACAACAGGUCGACUGCCUUCGGCCGCUACCUCUGGGGCCGUGCCGGUACCUCCACCUCCCACGCGAUGUCAUCAUGAUGAGAGGUUAGUUGCUGCUGUCAGCUGGUGAUGAAUUCAGUGGUUACCGAGCUACAUUAUUCGUUAAGGACUUUUUAUCCCAAAUAACAGUACUGACGCUUAUCGACAGAAAUGCAGUUUUAGGUCUGUUGGUAAGUGUAGAUGUGGAGAAGAUAAUUUGUACAUCUAACUCUUGAUACCAGAGCUUUAUAAAAUUGUGACUUUAUGUUGUGUAAUUAUAUUUAUGUGAUGCGAUCUCCAAGAGACGUCGCAACAGAAGUCACUGGAUGUAUUUCUAGAUGCUGUCGUCGAAAGUGAAGUGUUAGGUUCUGAAUGCCAGUGUCUGUGAAUCGACAUUGAAAGACAGUUAAGAUGUCUUGAAUCGGAAUGGAGGGAAAUUCUGCACGUGACAGACUGACACCUGCAUCUCUGUUUUUGUGCUGAUUAUUACGUGAAAUGAAAGAGCAUAGCAGAAGUUAACCAUUUUAUAAUUGUGGAGAAUAGCUGAGAACUUGAUUAAGUGUGCAGUAAUAGUCUCCGAGCUUCUUGUAGUUUGAGACACUAAGAAUAGGAAUUGUGGUGUUAAUCUGUUUAAAUUUUUUAUUGCAAUAUAAUAUUUUAAUUUAUACAGAAAGGGCAUCAAACAUCUACGCGCGUAUUCGUUCCGUUAUUGUGGCAAUAAUAUUGUGGAUAUUUUUUUUGAAAUUUUUUUAUAAUCUUCGAAGGAACCUAUUCAUUAUUUGCUAUGUUUAAAGUUAUAAAUGAUUGCCUUUAUAAUUCUUUUAAUAGUGUUAUUUGAAAAGUGCAUUUAAAUACGAACUCGUAGGAUGAUCGGCGGAGUAUACCGACUGCUUCAGUGCUACGGGGAGUUAGAACAUCUUGACUGUACGUCCCAUGAACAGGGAACAGAAGUGAUCAAGACACCUAAAUUUAUAAAGAGAGUCGUCGUUCUCGUCACCGAUGUAAACUGUUUGCACACAAGAAAAUGUGUUCGUAUUCUAGAAACCACUCUGUAGAUAGGUGGAAUUAAAAAAAGUUUUCAAAAUAAUUCUCCAUUUAAUGCAAGGUAAUUUGGAGUCAGCGCUGGAUUCGUGACGUGUAGUUUUGUCAGCCGUACUACACCACAUGUUUCAAUAACUCAAUUGUAACAUAGAGUGCGCGUAUAUCAAAUCUAGACAAUUCUAAGAGUAGCUCAUGAAAGGGUCUGAUCACAAACUGGAUGAAUGGGUUUCAAACUCUGCCACGAGUACAUUCAUGUGAUCUACCAGGGACAAAUUUGUUUUUUAACUCUUGGAAGACAUAUGAAUAUUUGCCGAGGGGGUACAAACUUACGUAGAAUACUCGAACGUUUAAUUUUGUGACAACAUUAUUUGUUUGUUGGUGAUGUACCAGUUUGACUUUACUUUUCUAAAAAUUUGAAAGGUUUAUUCUCUGUGGCGUAACAGUCGCCUUAUUAGUACGGUAGAACCUUGAUAUAUCGCUGGUUUCGGGGGACAGCUUCAGUGCCCAUGUUAUAAGCUACCCGCAUUUUAUGUAAAAUUUACAUUUAUCUAAUUUUGGAAUCCCUGAUAUUAUAUAUAUUUAUCCAGUGACUAAAAUACAUUAAAUUUAAGGUUCAUUUCAAAGUUAUGUUUCACCAAUCGUACUCUAAAAUUUCAUCCAUAAUUCUUUGAGCAUCUAAAAGAAUUAGCAUCGGAACAAUGGAACUCUUCUUGUCUCAACCAAAAGUGAUGCUCGCUAAAUUUUGCUGUUUGAACAGAAUAACCCCAAGGUUAAAGAAAGCAGAAAAAUAUCUAUUGGUAGCGGACUGUGGACUUUACAUUCUGUACCCGCACCCCGCAGUAAGGAAUGUCGCAAUACAGCCUUAUAAUGUAACGAAAACAUUUCAUAGAAAUUUAUACGACGUAAGACACGUGUUAUCGUAUCGGGGGACUUGGUCACAGCGAGUCCGAGGUUCCGCUGUGUUUGAAAAUGGUCUGUCAUGCUGAGAACUCAAAAAUAUAAAACCAAAUAUUUUGAUAAUUCUGUUCUACGAUUUUUAAAUUUAACAUAUUUGUGAUAGUUCCAUUACAGACUUGCAUUGUGUUUGUGUCGAAACACUCAAAAAAAGUUUUGAGGUUCAGUACCUCACACAUAAUCAGCAGUAUCUGAAUUCCAGUUGCAUUAUCAGGAGAUUUAUUAUGGAAACUGUUGCACAAGAAUAAAUGAAACUAUGAAAUAGAUAACAUAGUAAUUUUACAUUAGCAUUAAUUAAGAAGAAACUUGUUUAUCAGUUGAGAAAUAAUGGAUGGUAUGUGAAGUGUAAUGAACACACUCCACCGUAAUAAAAUAGCUCACCGACCUUUUUACGAAAAGGAAGCAGUUAUCACUGAGUGUAAAGUAUUCUUUCCAGUUACUGCCCAGUGUUUGAAUUUAAUUGUAAACCAGUCGCAAAGCCAUUCUUAUUUAAAUCCCUUUUUACAGAAUAUUUUCCAAGUAGUAGUUAAUGGAGUACAGCUUUAUAAAAAUGUCACUCUUCCCAGUUAUCGAAAGAUUGAAACACGAAUUGAACACGUGUCAUCACACCUUCAGCCUUCUCGCUCGUUCAAGGCUCUGAGACCCGUUCCGCUCAUAAUUAAUUUUUUUUAGUUUUUAUACAAAAUGAAGCUCCGGACAAGGCUCGCCGAGUUCUUUAAAGGAUGAUGUUAACUACAAAGAUGGCUAUAUUCUGGGAUUUUGUGCUGUGAAAUCGAGGGAUUUGUAACCGACGAAUGGAAAUCGGCUUCUCGGAGAGGAUGAAGUACAAAUCGAUUUUGAAGUGAUUUCUUUCGUACGCUAUGAAAGUUUGUCGUCGUGCAAAUAAUGAAUUUUAAAUUUCUGUGAAAAUGAAUGAAAUGGACCUAUUAUGAAGAAGAAAUUUAUUCGAUUUGGGAUGAGUGAUAUUUUCGUCAUUGUUGUACGCUACGAACUGAAGUGUAAACAUUGUUAUGUAGAACCCUUAAGUGGAGUAGAGUUGUAAUAA